AUGAGUGAUGUCGUUGGGGAUGAAUUUCGUCUCGCCAAAAAGCAAGCCCUUUCGUUCGCGGCAAUGAUGUGCCUUAGCCUGAUGGCGGCACUUGAUGGGUCUUCUAUAUCUGUUACUCUUCCGAGAAUCGCGAAUGAGUUGAAUGCUUCGGCCAUCGAAGCUUUCUGGAUGGGGACUUCAUACCUGUUAUCUUCUGCAAUUUUCCAACCAAUAUUUGGGUCUCUAUCUGAGAUUUUUGGCCGCAGAAUCUUCAUUCACUUGGCCAUUAUCUUGUUCUCCGUUGGUGCUCUUCUGGCAGGGACUGCGAACAAUGUGCUCCGUCUCCUCCUCGGUCGUGCCUUGCAAGGGGUGGGAGGUGGUGGCCUCAUUACGUUAACGGGUGUGAUCAUUGCAGACUUUGUGCCUUUGAAGCACCGUGCAAAGUAUUUCGGCAUUCUUAGUGCUAUGUGGGCUCUAGGCUCUGUCACUGGCCCUGUCAUUGGUGGAUGCUUUGCAGAGAGGUCAACCUGGCGUUGGAUCUUCUAUAUCAACUUCCCGUUCAUUGGCAUUGCGGCUGCUCUCCUUGUGUUUUCUUUCCCGCCUUCGCGCGUCACUGACAAUUGCUGGGCUCUGCUCCGGCGAGUUGAUUACUUAGGCAUGAUUCUAUUCCUCACGAGCAUCAGCUCUUUUUUAAUUCCCCUUUCUUGGGGUGGGAUCAUGUACCCCUGGAGUUCAUGGCAUACCUUGACUCCAUUGAUAAUCGGGGUUCUCGGUCUUGUGGCUUUUGCAGUGUACGAGAGUCGCUGUGCCUCAAAUCCACUGAUUCCUCCAGCUGUCUUCCGAGAUCAGUCCACGACUAUCUCCCUGAGUGGGUUCUUCACCCUCGGUCUCUUGCUUUGGUGCGGACUGUACUAUCUCCCGCUUUACUACGAGGCAGUCCAGGGAUACAACCCUAUUAUCACCGGUGUGGCGCUAUUCCCUGCUACAUUAACUGUAGCUCCCGUCGCUGCAGGCACUGGGAUUUGCAUCUCUGCCAUCGGUGGGUAUCGAUGGGCUAUAUGGGGAGGCUGGGCACUAUCAACCCUGGGCUUUGGACUACUCUGUCUUCUUAGCGUCAAUACAAGUAUCCCAGCGUGGAUCUUUCUCGACCUAGUAUCUGGAAUAGGGCUCGGUAUGGUUGUACCCGCUAUGGCAUUUGCAGUUCAGGCCUCGGCAAAAUCACAUCUCGUACCCAUUGCCAUUACCCUUUCCACUUUCUUCCGCAGCUUUGGGCAGUCAGUGGGAGUUGCCAUCGGCGGCGUAAUCUUCGAGAAUCGGUUGAAAGUGGCAUUAGCACAUUCUCCACGUCUCACUGAGCUCGCCAGUCAAUAUAGCCGCGAUGUCUUUGGCGUGAUUGUAUUGCUGCAUAAUACGGACGAAGCGACCAUCAACGAGAUUCGAUCAGCUUAUGUGGAUAGCUUGCGCAUUGUGUGGGCGUUUGGUUGUGCAAUCUCGGGCGUUUCUUUAGCUGUCAGUCUCUGGGUCGGGGCUCGUCGAAUUGAAUAG